AAUUGUUGUGGCGACAUCUGCGAACAAAUUGAGCUAACGUUUUCAUUCGCAUUUCAUCCGAUCCGUGUGCAGGGAGCUGGUCGCAGAGACAAGGGUGAGGAGGCUGAGGUGUCUGCAUGGAUUGCAGCAGUGUUGGGUGAGGCAGCGCCACCUGGUUUGCAGUAUGAUGACUACUUGAGGGAUGGACAAGUCUUGUGCAGACUCAUGAACACUCUCCAGCCUGGAAUCAUCAAGAAGAUCAACACUUCUGGAGCCCAGUUCAAGUUCAUGGAAAACAUCAACAACUUUCAGAAGGCACUCCUUGCUUAUGGAGUUCCAGAACUGGAUGUUUUCCAGACAACUGACCUGUUUGAGAAGAAGGACAUCCCAAUGGUGACCAAGACUCUGUAUGCACUGGGCAGAACUACUUACAAGCACCCAGAAUUCCCCGGACCCCAACUGGGGCCAAAGCCAGCUGAGGAGAACAAGCGUGAAUUCGAUGAUGAGACUCUGGCAGCUGGAAAGGCCGUCAUUGGACUGCAAGCUGGCACCAACAAAGGGGCUAGCCAGGCUGGCCAGAGCUUUGGUGCAGGACGCCACAUUAUUCUUGGCAAGUGAGAGGAAACCAUGGACAAGAUACGUGCGACAUCUACCCUCGGUUGAUGAACGCGGAUUUCGGCUGCUUGUGCUCGGUUAACUCCGCUUGCGCUUCCUUCCAGAAAAAAUACAAAACGCUAUCACAGUAUUCUUCGGUGCUAGAACUGCUACAGAAAUAAUAAUAGAUUAAAUGAUGGUAACAGUUUCAUCGUGUCGAGUUUUCCGAAGCACAAGUUGACGAUUCAAUUCACAGAAAAAUGUUUUUCAAAAUAAUCAGGACCAUCGUGUUUUGUUUUUUUCGUAUGCUGCGCUAACCCGCUGCUUUGUUGGUAAGAAAAUUUAACACAAAAAAAGGCAAUACUUUGUUUGUUCCAAGUGUUUUUCGAUUGAUGUAAAAAUUCUGGUUUGAGCUCUUAUACAGACUCAGCAGCCUCAUGGUGGGCAAAAGUUACCACUUAUUGCUUCUUUCUGAAUUCGAAGGUUUUUCGUUGCAAAUCGUAGAUGCUCUUCGAAGGGAAAUAAAAAUUCUGCUGUUGAUUUUUGAAUUGUAUCCUGAAAUAAAUGGAUCAAUAUUGACAGAAUA